UCACUGAGUUCAUACUGCAAAGCUCUGGAAAGUAUGAAGAAAUUUACCAGAAAACAGUUAAUGGAGGGGAUGCUUUCCAGUUUAUAUAGUGGAAACGAUUCUUCGUGGCUUCUACCUCAAAAUCUGUUCAUAGGUUUUCUUCGGAUUCGGAGCUCAAGCACAACAUGUCUGGUGGCGACGGCAACGGUGGCCGCGGCGGUCUAUUCUUCGCGGUGAAGAAGUUAUUGCAUCAUCGCUCAUUUUUCCGGAGUCGAGGAGCAAAUCGGCGACGCCUCCAGCGCCAAACAGCAUUCCGCCUUAGCCAUCGCUCACCAUGGCUCACCAUCGCCAAACACCCAUUUCCGCCUUCGCCGUCGACCAGAGUGCCCACCGCCGUCGCAUCAUGUUCAUUCACCACCAAUGAUGAUGAUUUGCACUCAGCAUCAUGUUCAUUCACCACCAAUGAUGAUGAUUCUUCUAGCACUAAAACGGAGCUUAUGUCCAUAAUAUCUCCAAAUGGGAAAUUCAUUCGCAUUAUUACAGGUUGGCAGAAGGGUCAACUUUUGGGACGGGGAUCAUUCGGAUCAGUAUUUCAAGGCAUUGCACAUGAUGGCUUCUUUUUUGCUGUGGAGGAAGUGUCCUUGCUAGAUCAAGGUGACUAUGCAAGGCAAAGUAUUUACCAACUUGAACAGGAGAUUGCUCGCUUGAGUCAGUUUGAACAUGAUAACAUAGUACAGUAUUUUGGUACAGGCAAGGAUGAUUCAAAGCUAUAUAUAUUUUUUGAGUUGGUAUCUCAGAGGUCCCUUCUGAGUCUAUAUCAGACGUAUCAUCUCCGAGACUCUCAGGUAUCUGCCUAUACAAGGCAGAUAUUGCUUGGGUUAAAGUAUUUGCAUGACCGGGAUGUAGUCCACAGUGAUAUUAAAUGCGCAAACGUAUUGGUGGAUGCUGCUGGGUCAGUUAAACUUGCAAAUUUUGGCCUAGCUAAGGCCACCAAACUGAAUGAUGUGAAGUCCUGCAAGGGCACUGCCUUCUGGAUGGCUCCUGAGGUUGUUAAUAGUAGGAACGGUAGCUAUGGGCUUGCAGCAGACAUAUGGAGCCUUGGCUGCACUGUCCUGGAGAUGCUUACACGACAAUUUCCUUAUUGCCAUCUAGAGCAUAUUCAGGCUCUCUUUAAGAUUGGGAGGGGUGAGCCACCUCAUGUGCCUGACACACUUUCAAGUGAUGCACGAAGUUUUAUACGUUGUUGUCUUCAAGUUGACCCAAAUGCUCGUCCAACCGCCUCUCAAUUUCUAGAGCACCCAUUUGUGAAGCGUCCACUUCCACACCCUUGAGUUCACCAUCUUCUCGCUAUCUAGGCAUGCGGUUUUAGAUUGUUGCAAAUUAAUCUUAAUGUUGAUUGUUGUUUGUUAAGACUAUUAUAUUGUUGUUUAGAUUUGAAUUGACUAUUAUUACUUAUUAGAUUA